AUGACAGAUGACGCACUGCUACCAGCACCUUGGACACGUAAUUUUAUGACGUUCUUUGCACUGCAGCGCCGGGCGGUAACUGCAUUUGCACCGCAGUUCAAACGGCUCCUCUCGUCGACGCGGGUUGUGCGAGCCGGCUCGUUCACGCUCGUCGUGCCGGCCACUUCCUCCAAAGAAUCUGUUUUGGGCCAAUUGAAGAGCAGAGAUGCUUCUUCGGACGAUACCGAUAAUGCGGCUGUAGUUCUGGCCUCGCCCGACCUGUCCUCAUGGCUUGAAGAUGAGGCCUUCAUGUCGUCGCUGCUGCAGCGUCUGCCCCUGAGCAGGUCUACCCAGGGGAACCCUGGCGUGAGCGUUCUAAGCGCCGUUGUCGACGGUCUGGCCGUCUCCCGGACCGGCCUGUCCGUGCUGCACGGCUGCUCCGACACGCUGUUGCCCCGACUGUGGCGAAGCUCCAACAAGGAGGGGGCAGCGGUGUCAAGACGAGGCGGCCGCAACUCGAUAUACGGAACGGCCGACGUGGAAGCGGCCAUCACGGUCGAACUCCCGCUUAUGCACACAGCCGACGACAGCACGACAGCCACACCCUCCUCUUGUCUGCGGGUGACGGUUCCUCUGGCGAACACGCUCUUCCAGAACGGCCGCCGGUCUACACUGCUGGCCAGCCGGUGGAGCUGGACCCGCACCCCUGACGACGGCGGCUCGUUUACGCUCCAGCACAUGCUGGUCGAGGAACGCGAGCACGAGGUCGUGGUGCCUUUGGCCGGCCCCGCCAGCUCGACCAGCCAGACCGUCAUUCCCCUCUUUGCCGCUACGGAGCCGCGCACGAUCGCGGCCGGGCUCGGCAACAUUGUGCGCCAGAUCGUCCUGGGCAAAGGCAAGCCGUCGCCGGCAUCGCAUGAGCUAGAGUCGGCCAUUCCGGCGCUGCUAGCGACGAGACGCCAGGCCUGGCCGGGAGCCGACUUUGACGCCGAGACGGGCCGCGGGCCGCUGGGCGUCUGGGGCCUCGUCGUGCCGCCAGAUGCGCAGGAGCUGUACGCCAGCCUGCAGGAGACGCUCAUGCCGAUUGCGGACCACAGCGUCGAGGCCGAGCAGCAUGCAGCAGCCAUGGCCGGACCCAGUCUGGCAGCACUGCUGGCGGCGGGCUGUCGGUUGCACAGGAUCUUGAGCGGUGGUGGUGGCUGGGGACAGAAACAGGGUUUGCUGUCGCUGGACCCCCAAAUGGCCCAUCCGGCGUCUGUGUCGGCCAACAUGAGCACAGACAACAACAACGACGAUGAUGACGACGAUGCUGCCAUGGCCAGCUUCAUGCGCUCGCUCCGAGGAGAGACAGAGGCACAGAGCGGCGACAACCUGGCCACGCCUGGAGCCCUCCUCCAGUUCCUUGUGGCACCCCUGACGGCAGUCGAAAGCAACGACUCCAAUGCAGUCAUCGACAGUCGGGGCUCUACGCCCUCCAUUGCCUUUGGCGCCCAUCCCGGCUACGAGGACGCGAAACAGGAUGGACAGCCAGCCGCGGUGGCUUUCAUUUCGGGCCAUUUCGGCGCCGUCUCCAACCAGGGCGUCUUCCUGGCCGGCAGCCCGUCAAAAGAGGGAGCCGGCCCCAAGCCGAACACUAAGCUGGAUCCACUGGCCAAGAUUGGCAUUCUCUCUGUUGGCGACAUGGGUGUCGGCAUUGCCCGGUUGCUGAUAGCCAGCGGCUUCUCUGUGGCGACGAACUGCACAGGGCGAAGCCAGAUGACCGUUGACCGGGCGCGUGCAGCCCACGUGGACCUGUUGUCGUCGGACGAGGAGCUGGUGCGGCAGAGCGACGUGAUCCUGUCGGUGGUGCCGCCACGGGACGCAAUCGGGACGGCCGAGCGCAUUGCCAGGGCGCUGAAAGGAGUCAAUAGGCCGGCCGACCGGCCGCUCUACUAUGCCGACAUGAACGCGGUGUCGCCGUCGACGGCCCGGCGCAUCAGCGCGCUGUUGCCGGCGGCCGUCCGUCCGAUCGACGGCUGCAUCCUCGGGGGGCCUCCCCGGGCUGGUGGCGACGGAGAACCCUGGUACGUUCCGCGGAUGCCGACGUCCGGUCCCUACGGCUUCGACGACGUCUUUCCCUCGCUGGCUGCCACGCUGCACAGCCGCCACGUCGGCCCGGACAUGGGCGCCGCCAGCGGGCUCAAGAUGUGCUACGCGUCCAUGACCAAGGGCUAUGCGGCCAUCGCGGUCCAGGCCUUCACCACUGCCCAGCAGCUACACAUCCUGCCAGACCUGCAGUGGGCCCUGGCUGCGGCCGGGACGCGCCAGCGCACCGAGGCCGCCCUCACCGGCAUGCCGCCCAAAGCAUACCGCUGGGCCGGCGAGAUGGAGGAGAUCAGCGCGACGUUUGCCGACGACGGCGGUUUCGCACCGACACUCUUCCAGGGCGCGGCCGAGGUGUUCCGCACGGUGGCCGACGACACCGUGCUGGGCCAGGAGAAGGUCGGGGCGCGGCAACGAGGACAGACGGCCGAGGACGUGACCGUCGCGAUGUAA